AUGAUUUAAACACAAACCCAUCUUUCAUAAGAGUGGAUUGAUUUCUUAUAAAUAAUAACAAAUUCAAACCCAAUUGAUGUAGAAACAGUAAAAAAAUUUGUAAAAGUUCGUUACAAUCAAUUCCCAACAGAUUAAUAGAUGAAAGAUUACUAUGAAGAUGUAUUUUCUAAGUUAGAGAUUAUUUUAAACUAUAUUUAGAUCUACAAAUGAUGUAAAUAGAAAAAAGUGGCAUUAACAAGAUAAAAAUUUACUCAUAUGGUGUAUGACUAAGCAUUUAAUGUCAUAAAAUCGAUUUGAGCUCAUUCCUGUAAUAGUUAUAAAUAUUAAUUAAGAAUAAUAAUGAUUGGGAUUAUGUAUCAAAAGUUCUAUGUGUAGACAAGAAUUUGGUGGAAUUAAAAUGGAUUUCUCAUCUUCAUUCUAAUUUAAAAAUCUCUAAUUGGUCAAAGGAAGAAGAUUAAAUUCUAAUUAGUAUUGCAAAGUAUCUUUGUUUAAUAAUUAAUUAAGUGAUCAUUAUUAUAAAAACAAUUGGACUGAAUUAACGAUUAAAUUUAAUUCUAUAUCUUAAACAUAGAGAUAUCCAAAAUAAAUAAGAGAACGAUGGAACAAUGUAUUAAAUCCCAACAUCUCUAGAUCAUAUUGGAAAAAAGAAGAAAAAAUUCAGUUGCUUUAAUUAAUAUUGAAUUAUGGCAAAAAAUGGUCUAAAAUCUAAAAUGAAUUAAAUGGAAGAAGUGAAAAUUAAAUUAAAAAUUAAUAUAACGGAAUAAUUAGAAAUUUAAAAAGAUUUAAUGUAAUCAUUGUAUCUAAUCUAUAGGUUUAAGAAAUUGAAGAAAAAUUGUUAAUCUAAGCAAUAAUUUAAAAUCCCGAUCAGAAACUAAGUUUGACAGUUACUUAAUUUAUGUCAGACUACUUAGCUAGAAAAGAAGCAUCAAAAAAUGCAUAAUCUUUAAAAUACAAUUAAUAGACUGAAUCAUUAAUUCAAAAGAAAACUUGCAUUGAUCCUCUUCCUUAACAAAAUAGUAUUAUUUUUUGUUAUAAAAAGAUAUUUAAUUAUAAGAAAAAGUUAAUUAGUGUAAAGAGACACACCAAUAAAUGUUGGAGACAUCCAUUUAAUAAAAUUCUUAUUUUUCCAUUCCUCAACAAUAACAAUAUUAAACUAAUCCAAUAGCAUUCAAUCAAUGUUUUUAAAAUAAUAAUUAUUCAAAUUAUUACACCAAUUUUCAUUAAUAAAACUAACAAUAUUAUAAUUACAUUCAUUAUAAUUAAAUUUAAUCAUAAUUGCCUUAUUCAUCGUAUUAAUUUAGAUAUUAUUGA